CGGAAAAAAUCGAUGUUUUUUGAUAUAUAUAAUGUUCCACCGGCUUGUCAUAACAAUUCUAGCAAUAUUUUUUUCUAUUGUUUUGGUGUUUCAGUGUGGAUAUAAAUAAAUAUAUCAUUGCGAAAGAAUUGUCUAAUUAUCUUAAAAGUGUGAUAUACUUAACUAAUUGAAAAGAAACAUGCUUUCUAUAGGUGUAGAAUCUAUGUCAAAAUAUAUGAAACAAUUAUAUAAUAUGAAAGGUCUUGUUAUGGUGAAAUAUACAAAAGAGCUCCGAAGCAAUCAGCUUUUUAGUAUUCCAAAAAUCUGUACUGCGACACAUAAGGUCAAACAGUUUUCUAUUGAAUACAAGGCGGGAGUUAAUUUGCUUGCAAGAUCGUGUAAUAUGUCACCUUUAUUAGUUCGCAGAUUACAUUUAAGUAACACUGUUCUAACUACCAAUAAUCCGGGUAGUGGUAAGCAGAAGCCAGACAAUUCUAACGAGAAUGAUAGAAACAAGUCAAAUAAGAAUGACAAAGACGGAAACGAAAAUGAAGAUAAAGUAAAAUCAAUCCUCUCUAAAGCACUUUUAUGGAUGUUUGCUGUUUAUAUGUUCGUUGUAUUUGUAUCAUUAAUAAUGACUCCCAGAGCGGAACGUCCUGAGGGUUCAACAAGAUACGUAUCUUGGAAUGAGUUUGUACAUCACAUGUUAGCUACCGGUGAAGUGAAAGAACUCAUUAUAAGGCCGGAUAUGGAAAUGGUUACAAUAAUUUUGCAUGAAGGUGCUAUAAUUAAAGGAAAAAGGGUGUCGUCCACAAUAUUUCAUAUGGCCAUAGCUGAUGCAUCUAAAUUUGAGGAAAAAUUGCGGGAAAUUGAAAAAAGACUUGGUAUAGCUGAAGGCGUUGCUGUUACAUAUGACAGGCAAAGUGAUAUUACUGGGCGUAUAAUGGUGCUACUUCUAUUCUUCGCUUUAAUUAUGUCCAUUGCAUCGAGAAUGAAGGGAGUCAGAAGCCCUAUAAACAUGGAUUCUUUCUCUCAAAUGGGUCGGGCGAAGUUCACUCUUGUGGAUCCGUUUGAGGGUGGAAGAGGGGUACUUUUCAAAGACGUAGCAGGUCUACAAGAAGCUAAACAAGAAGUAAGGGAAUUUGUUGACUAUUUGAAAACACCCGAAAAGUAUCAAAGAUUGGGGGCUAAAGUUCCUAAAGGAGCAUUACUGCUAGGACCACCCGGCUGUGGAAAGACUUUAUUGGCAAAAGCUGUAGCUACGGAAGCCCAAGUACCUUUUCUGAGCAUGAAUGGCUCAGAAUUUAUAGAAAUGAUUGGUGGUCUUGGUGCAGCAAGAGUAAGAGAUCUCUUUCAAGAAGGAAAUAAACGAGCUCCUUGCAUAAUAUACAUAGAUGAAAUUGAUGCAAUUGGUCGGCAACGGUCUGGAACAGAAAGCUUUAGUCAAGGAGGUUCUGGCGAAUUAGAACAAACAUUAAAUCAGCUUCUUGUAGAAAUGGAUGGUAUGGCGUCCAAAAAAGGAGUUCUCAUGCUUGCUAGUACCAACCGAGCUGAUGUAUUAGACAAGGCUCUACUUCGUCCUGGUAGAUUUGACCGUCAUAUACUCAUAGAUUUGCCAACUUUGCAUGAACGAAAAGAAAUUUUUGAGAAACAUUUGUCCAGUAUUAAACUUGAUUCGGACCCAACAAAGUUUUCAGAAAAACUUGCUAGAUUAACACCAGGAUUUUCAGGAGCUGAUAUAGCAAAUGUGUGUAACGAAGCUGCCCUACAUGCAGCACGAAAUUGUGAAACAAAAGUAUCCCAAGCAAAUUUGGAAUAUGCUGUGGAGAGGUUGGUUGGUGGAACUGAGAAACGCUCUCACGCACUAUCGCAAGUGGAAAGAAAGGUUGUAGCUUAUCACGAAUCUGGACAUGCCCUUGUUGGCUGGCUUCUUCCUAAUUCUGAUAUUUUACUGAAAGUAACAAUUGUGCCCAGAACAAGUCUCGCUUUAGGAUUCGCGCAAUAUACGCCUAGUGAACAGAAAUUGUAUAGCAAGGAAGAGCUUUUUGAUAAAAUGUGUGUUGCACUAGGAGGUAGAGCGGCUGAAAAUAUAAUAUUUAAUAGAAUAACAACUGGAGCCCAAAAUGAUUUAGAGAAGGUUACUAAAAUCGCAUAUGCACAGAUUAAAAAAUUCGGAAUGAAUGACAAUUUAGGGCCUAUAUAUAUAACCGAUGCCGAAGAAAAAGGGAUUUAUACGCAUCCAUAUUCAGAAAACAUGCACAAGAUUGUUGAUAAAGAAGCCCAAAACCUAAUAAGCAGUGCCUACUUUAAAACCGAAGAACUAUUGAAAAAGAACAUUGAUAAAUUAGAAAAGAUGGCUGAAGCGCUGCUUGAAAAAGAAACGUUGUCUUAUGAAGAAGUGGUCAAUCUAAUUGGCCCACCUUCUUACGAUGUCGCAAACAGAGCACUAGAGCCUGUUGAAUUCGAAAAGUCAUUAAAAAAUCUUAGCGAAAAUGAUGAGCAAUCAUAACUUUGACAUACUUAUGUAUAUAUAUACAUAUUAUUAAGUGUUAUUUUAAAGUUUUGUUAUGAAAAAGUAUAAAAGCAAAUAUAGAAAAGUUCAAUGACUAAUCACCUUUCUAAAAGAUUUUA